AUGUUUGCUUUUCUCCGAGUGGUUCGUGGAAGCCUUAGAUACCGGUGGAUAACCAACAUGAUUCACCGUUGGAUACAAAGAGCCAGCAAUUGUUUCUGGUUGUUGGACUCGUUGUUGCUUCUAGCAGGAAUACGAAGUGAACUGACAUCUCAUUGGGCCAUAGAACGCCCAAUUCGUUAUUUCGUUAACUGCUUAUUCGGCUGUCAGGCCAUCGCCGCUGGUCUUCGUUUAUUUCACGCUCUGGUUCACGACCAAGAGAACUCGUUUCUCAUUGUUUGUGGCUUUCUUGUUGUAAUAUCGUUGAGUUUUACCUUCAUGAAAGUAUUUGCUCUGAAUUGCAUCAGAAAACCGAUAGAUACUUUGCGAAGCUUUAUAAUAAGCGUCCGGAUCAGCUCUGGCGAUAUCCACUUUGAUGAAGUUCAGCAGAACAAUUUCUAUAGAUCUGCUCGUGGUAUGAUGCUAGUCGUCUAUGUCCUGAUUAUCCUCGAUACGGUACUAUUAUCGAUCCCAAAUCACAGCGCAGAAGGAAUUAUAGGAGUACCACCUCAGUUCUCUUGGAUUGGAGGACCCGUUGCGUCCAUCGUAAGCUUCUUACUGGUUUCUCUUUUGGCUGUGGGAUUCUUUCCCAAAUAUCUUAGUAACGUGACGUGUGUUGGAAUACUGCUCAUGGGGAUGCAUGCAAAGCUGAAAAUUGUGGCUUAUCGUUACGACCGAUUGCUGAACGAACCAGUCUUGAACUGUGGUCAAUAUUUCACGCGAAUUGACAGGGAGAUCCGUGGAAUUUUUGUACAGCAGUUGGAAUACUGGAAACACCUUCGCAUUCUGAAGAACGUUGUCGGGAAAACAUUUUUCUUUGUCCAUUAUUAUGCGAUUUUCAGCAUUGGAACAAGCGGUUAUGCAAUUCAAAAAGUAGGGAUUAAUACCUUAUCGAUUGUUUCACUUGCAAGCACACUUAUUUUUCUACUGGAGUACUAUUUGUGGUGCCAUUGGAUCGAUUCCUUACAGGACGUGGCUGACAACAUUGGACGAACCAUUAGUGAGUUAUGUAUCAGGAUGCCGUACAGCCGUGAAUACCAUGCGCAAUAUACUGGAUUAAGGGUAUCUCUGAUGAUAACAUGGAUCAACACCCAACAUGCGUUUACAAUGGACUGUCUGGGAUUGUUUAAAAUAUCAACUUUUGCUUUUACCGAUUUGGUGGACACUGCCUACACGAUGUUGAUGUUUUUGAUUAAUGUAUGUUGAGCGCAUUGAAUAUUGAAUAUAACGAACAGCCA